GGAAGCGCCUCCUACGAUACGCGCCUCUCGCAGUCAGUCGACCGUCAACUUCUCUCCUACCUUACUCAAUUUCCUCCUCUGUCGUCUCUCUCUCGCGAUCUCUCUCUCUCGGCGGUGAAACUUCUUCUGCGCUACUAUGGGCAACACUUCUUCGAUGCUCACCCAGUACGACAUCGAAGAAGUCCAAGAACACUGCAACCACGCUUUCUCGCAGCAGGAGAUAGUGUCUCUGUACCAGAGGUUCUGCCAGCUCGAUCGAAGUGGUGGCGGUUUCAUCUCCACCGAGGAGUUCCUUUCAGUGCCGGAAUUUGCCGUCAAUCCUCUCUCUCAGAGAUUGUUAAGGAUGCUAGACGGAUUGAACUUCAAGGAAUUCGUGGCCUUCUUGUCUGCAUUCAGUCCUCGGACAAGCCUGCAACACAAAAUUGAAUUUAUCUUUAAAGUAUAUGACUCAGACAGCAAUGGGAAAGUGGCAUUCAACGACUUGUUAAAUGUUCUUCGUGAUUUGACGGGGCAAUACAUAUCGGAGCAUCAGAGAGAGCAAGUUCUUACUCAUGUCCUUGAGGAAGCUGGCUAUACAAAGGAUUCUCUGUUCAUAUUGUCAGACUUUGUGAAGAUUCUUGGAAACUCUGGUUUGAAGAUGGAAGUCGAGGUUCCGGUAGAUUAAAAGCAAAGACAACAAUCAUUGGUUAUACAUUCGUGCCUGGUGUUUACAGAAUUGUCUAAAUUGUUAUCAGUACUGAAAAAGUAUAUCCAAUUGCAAGCAUUGGAGCCAUCUAAUGUCUCAGGUGUAUUUGUUGCUGGGUAUCUCUACCUUACCUCUGACAAAUUGAACAGUUAGACAUGGUAGAUUACAGUUAAUAAUGUAACCAGCAAGAACAGUUGUAACCGACCGUCGAGAUACUGGAUUGUUGAGAUUUCUUUACGCAGUUAAUACAGUAUUUUUUUGUUUUUUUGCAUAA